UGUCACUGCUUCUUACCGCACCUACUCACCACUUCUCUGCAAAACAUACCGCAGGCCCGGGCUGCUGUCUGACCCUGAAAAACGGAUAAGAAACCCCAUCAACAUGUCAGACAUGGAGGAUGAUUUCAUGUGCGAUGAUGAAGAAGACUACGACCUGGAAUAUUCAGAGGAUAGCAAUUCAGAGCCAAACGUGGACCUGGAGAACCAGUACUACAACUCCAAAGCCUUGAAGGAAGACGAUCCCAAAGCAGCACUUAGCAGUUUCCAAAAGGUAUUGGAACUAGAGGGAGAAAAGGGAGAAUGGGGGUUCAAAGCUCUUAAGCAGAUGAUAAAAAUCAACUUCAAGUUGACCAAUUUCCCAGAAAUGAUGAACAGGUACAAGCAGCUCCUUACAUACAUCCGAAGUGCUGUUACCAGGAACUACUCAGAAAAGUCCAUCAACUCCAUCCUGGACUACAUAUCUACCUCUAAACAGAUGGACUUGCUGCAGGAGUUCUAUGAAACCACCCUGGAGGCGUUGAAAGAUGCAAAAAAUGACAGAUUGUGGUUUAAAACCAACACAAAGUUGGGAAAGCUGUACUUGGAGAGAGAAGAGUACGGAAAACUUCAGAAGAUACUGAGGCAACUUCACCAGUCGUGUCAGACAGACGAUGGAGAGGAUGACUUGAAAAAGGGCACACAGCUGCUGGAGAUCUACGCGUUGGAAAUCCAAAUGUACACAGCACAGAAAAACAACAAGAAACUGAAAGCGUUGUAUGAGCAGUCGCUUCACAUUAAAUCCGCUAUCCCUCACCCUCUCAUAAUGGGAGUUAUUAGAGAGUGCGGCGGGAAGAUGCACCUGCGAGAGGGUGAGUUCGAGAAAGCGCACACAGAUUUCUUUGAGGCCUUCAAAAACUACGACGAGUCUGGAAGCCCUAGGAGGACAACGUGCCUGAAGUACCUGGUCUUGGCGAACAUGCUGAUGAAGUCUGGGAUAAACCCUUUCGAUUCUCAGGAGGCCAAACCAUACAAAAAUGACCCGGAGAUCUUAGCUAUGACUAACUUAGUAAGCGCCUACCAGAACAAUGACAUCACUGAGUUUGAGAAAAUCUUGAAAACGAACCACAGUAACAUAAUGGACGACCCCUUCAUUAGAGAGCACAUAGAGGAGCUCCUGCGUAACAUUAGAACCCAAGUCCUUAUUAAACUCAUCAAACCAUACACAAGAAUACACAUCCCUUUCAUUUCUAAGGAGUUAAACAUUGACGUGUGUGACGUGGAGAGUUUGCUGGUGCAGUGCAUCUUGGAUAAUACGAUCCAUGGACGAAUCGACCAGGUCAACCAGCUUCUAGAACUGGACUACCAGAAAAGAGGAGGCGCUCGCUACACAGCAUUAGACAAAUGGACAAAUCAGCUUAACUCCUUGAACCAGGCCAUUGUUAGCAAGCUCACAUGAUGGCAUAUCGAAUAAAGAGACGAAGGAAAAUGGCAUGUUUGAAUACAUCCAUAAAGUAUGCUUCUGUGCUUCUGCAAGUAUAUCUGCUCAGUCAAGACACACAGCUCGGGUUUUGAGAAUGCAUCAGUUUCACAAGGACUCCGCAAACCCCAGGAACAUGUUUCUUUCUGUUCUGAUGAGGGAAAUCACAGACUCCCUGUUUUUCUUUUCUUUUUUUUGUCAUUUUUUUAUGUUGAUUGGCAGUGUCUUUUAUGUUCAGCAGUCAAAUAUCUUGGUUGUAUAAAAAGUCCAAACGUGUAUGAAAGUCUGUACACAACAUUUUAAUGUAUACUGUUGCCUGUUGUUAAUAAACAGAUUUCCCCUCGGCACUAUAAAA